CUUCGGCGAAGAACGAGUCCCCCUGUGGCUCCCAGACCAUGAGGGUCCACCGGAAUACAGUGAUUGCCCUUGGGGUAAUUCUACACAUUUCUUGGGCUGCCAGCAAGCCGGUAGAGUCGAAGGAUAAGCCCGAGGACCAAGAGGCUGUCGAGAGUCAAGGAAUCAAAAAACGCGUAGGGUACGACAAUCCCGACUACCAGCCCCAGCACACCGAAGAACACGUCUACGAAAACAACCACGAGUAUGGGGGCUACGACCACCACCAAGACCACCACGAAGACCACCACCAAGUUCACCACGAAGACCACCACGAAGACCACCACGGAGACCACCAUGAAGACCACCACGUCGAGCACCACGACGACCACCACGCCCACCACGACCACCACGACCCCGGCUACUGGAAGAAGAAAGUAAUCUGGAAGAAAGGCUGGAAGAAGAUCUGGAAGCCCGGCAAGAAACAAAUCUGGAAGCCGGCGUGGAAAAAAAUCUGGAAACCCAUUUGGGUCCCCACCAAGAAGCCCGCCUGGAAGGAAAUCCAAGUCCCCGACUGGAAAAAAAUCUGGAAACCCAUUUGGGUCCCCACGAAAAAGCCCGCCUGGAAAGAAAUCCAAGUCCCCGACUGGAAAAAAGUGUGGAAGCCGGUGUGGAAACCCAUAAAGGUGCCGGCUUGGAAGGAGAUACAAGUGCCAGACUGGAAGAAGAUUUGGAAGCCGGUGUGGAAGGAGAUUCAAAUUCCGGCGUGGAAGGAGAUUCAAGUACCGGCUUGGAAGAAGUUGUGGGAGCCCGUGUGGGUGAAGGAGGGUAUUCACGGGGACCACUACCUCGGGAAGGACCAUGAUGGGGCGGAGUACACGGCGCACGACAUCUGGAAGAAGAAGCUCGUGUGGAAGCCCGUGUGGAAGAAGUACUGGAAGCCGGCGAAGAAGCAGAUCUGGGUUCCGGAUAAGAAACUAGAGUGGAAGGAGGCGUGGAAGCAGAUUUGGAGGACGGAGAAGAAGCAGAUUUGGGUGGAGGAUAAGAAGUUGGUGUGGAAAGAGGCGUGGAAGCAGAUUUGGAGGACUGAGAAGAAGCAGAUUUGGGUGGCGGACAAGAAAUUAGAGUGGAAGGAGGCAUGGAAGCAGAUUUGGAGGACGGAGAAGAAGCAGAUUUGGGUCGAGGAUAAGAAACUGGAGUGGAAGGAGGCCUGGAAGCAGAUUUGGGUGCCGGCGUGGAAGGAGAUUUGGGUUCCCGGGUGGAAGCAAAUCUGGAGGCCGGUCAUCAUCCAGGAGUGGUUCCCCUCGCCCGACCAUCACGAUCACCAUCACAAGGGAUGGGAUCGCAGUGAUACGAAGGCGGGGGAUGGCGGCGCGGCGCCCUACGUCACGGCGCCGACCACCCAAGCCCAAAGUCAAGCUCAAGGUAAAAGCUGGGCGUUCCCCUCCUCCUAACAGUACCUAACGUCGCAAGUACCUUUGUACAUACUUAGUUUUAGUUGCAUGUUCACUCUCGACUGACUAUUUUAUUAUUAUUUAACGUAUUGUUGUUUGUUAUUUUAAUAAAAACUCGAAACUGA